CCGUUAAUGUUAAAUGGAUUUCUAGUUAAUGAAUUAAAUAAAUACCAGUUUAAUAGUGUGUAUGAAUUGAAUUUUGUUAAAUAAAAGAACUUUUAUGUGCUUUUUUAAAAAUUUCUAACCUAGCCUUAUUUGUCUAACGACCAAAGUGAUUGAACCUUGCAAAAGAUGCCGAGUGUUAGUAACAGUGGUGACGCGCCUAGACAACUAGAAAACUGUAAAAUGCAGCUGGAGUGCUUGGAAUUAGCGGGAUGUACUCUAGACCGGUACAUUACUUGUGAUAAUUCCCGCCCUUCGUUUCUAGAGAUAACAGGCAUAGCAGUACAAGGGAUUCCAACAUGUAGUGGUCUAAAUGCUGGAGACUACAGAAAUCUGGCUGCUCUGCUAAACCAUUCAUCUUUGUCGCAGUUAAAAAUAUUAAAUAGAGUUCCACUGCCACCAGAAAUAAUGGAACAUUUUGCUCAUAUGCAGUGCCACUGUUUGAUGGGGGUAUUUCCAGAAAUUAGCAGAGUUUGGUUAGCUAUUGAUAGUAAUAUUUAUGUAUGGGCAUUUGAACAUGGAAGUGAUGUAGCAUACUUUGAUGGCCUAGGAGAGACUAUUGUGAGUGUUGGCUUGGUUAAACCAAAGCCAGGAGUUUUUCAAAGUUUUGUGAAGUACCUACUGGUCUUGACGACUACAGUCGAAAUUGUAGUAUUGGGUGUUACUUUUUCAAGCGGCAAACAGAGUGGUUCCACUGAAUUUGAAGAAAUACACUUGGUGCCUGAACCAGUAUUUGUUUUGCCUACUGAUGGUGUUUCAAUGCUGUGUGUUAAAUCAACAUCCAAGGGCAGAAUAUUUAUGGGUGGAAAAGAUGGAUGUCUUUAUGAAAUAACUUACCAGGCUCAAUUAGGAUGGUUUGGUAAACAUUGUAAGAAAAUCAACCAUUCCACAAGUGCACUCUCUUUCUUGGUGCCUUCAUUUCUUAAUGCAGCCUUGUAUGAUGAGGACCCCAUUGUUAAGAUUGAAGUAGACAACUCUCGGAAUAUAUUAUACACACUUAGUGAAAAAGGAUGCAUUGAAGUGUUUGAUUUAGGCAUGGAUGGUGAAGGAUUAACUAAAGUCACUAGAUUAGGUCAAAAUAGAAUUGUAUCUUCUGCCCUAGAAAUUGUUAAAACUGUAGAAACAAAUAAUUUCAAACCUGUAAUAGCUAUAUCAGCUGUAGAGGAGUCUGAAUCAGAGCAUUUAAAUGUUGUUGCUAUUACACAGACUGGAGCGAGAUUAUACUUUAGUACAGGCUGUAGAGAUCCCAAUCAAGGAGGCCCAGCUAGACCGCAAGAUCUCAUUUUACUUCAUGUUAGGCUGCCGCCAGGAUUUACACCUAAUGCUUCAGUACUGAAACCAAAACAAGUACACAAUGCUGUUUACGAUAAUGGUACACUAGUAAUGGUGUGUUCCACGGGCGGUGGGGACGCAGAGACGCUGUGGUGUAUGUCGCGAGCGCUCGGGGGCGCUGCCUUCAGUGAAGCGCAUUCAUUGUUACCUCUAGAUGGGCCAGUGUGGGCCUUGACCGCCUUACCAACAAUACACGACUCACAUUUGUCGCCCGCUCUUUUGGCCAGAAAAGAUCCGUGGUCGGGCUCCCGGUGGGCAGUGGUAAGCGCCUGGGGAGCCGCACUCAUUAGCGCCGGCGCUCCUCCAGACCUACUUCGGUCUUUGCUGCGAGAUUAUCGUGGACCAGAUGCGCAGCCAGUGAAGGAUUUGUUUCAGUUACAAGGUUACGACCAAGCGUGCGCCUGCGCAUUAUACCUAGCCUGCGAGGAGGCGACAAGCGGCGACCUGUCUAUCAGCGAGUGGGCGUCUAGAGCCUUCUUCAUAUAUGGUUCUCAGCCAGUGCCAGCACCUCUACAGCCUCACCAGAUCUCUCACGCGCCUUCAAGCAUAGGAUCUCCAAAAUUCUCUCCACGUCAAGUAUCUACUCCAAUGUCAAUACGCCCUCAAGAUCAAAUGAGACAAAUGCAAAUGAACCAAUCUUACCAACAGAUGCAAAUGAAUCAGUCAAUAGGCAAUCAAUCCAUAGCACCUCAAUCACCAUACCAGCAAAACAUGAAUAGAACUCCAUUUAACCAAUCGUCAUUCGUUGGUAACGUCACUCAACCACCUAGAGAUAAUUUCCAAUUACAAGUUGAAUAUAGUUCGAAACACAAUGGCCUAUAUAUCUAUGUGGGAAGGAUACUUUCACCUAUCUGGAAUCUGAAAUGUGUGACUAAGUCACUAACACCAGAUAAAAAAGAGCUUAUGUCUAGCAAAGUCACAGGAGAAGAUUGUGCCUUUAUUGUAAAGAAAUUACAACGUGUGGCGUCAUUCAUACAACGUGUCGUUGCUCCACCCCACUCUGAUGAACAAGCUUCUAUUCACGCACUAAAAAUAUUUAUUACAAUGGCCAUAGAAAUGCUCAACUUAUGGAAAGUCCUAUGCGAGCACCAAUUCCACGUAAUAGCGGCCAGUCUGCCGCCAGAACAACAGAGCCCCUUGCAAGCUGCUAGUUUUCGGGAAUUACUGGUUGGUGGACAAGAAGUGGCGUGUUUGUUAUUGGGAUCUCUAGUUGCAGGAUACCUGCGUGACAAUGCUUCGGUUGACGGUAUUUCGCAGAAAUUGAGACAAUUGUGUCCGACGCUUUAUAGACAAGAGGACGCCACGUGCUCUAAAGCAAAUGAACUAUUAAUGUUUGCUAAACAACAAAAGAAUUCCGCGGAACGAGAAGAAAUGCUUCAGCAGGCUUUGAAACUUUGUAAAGACGUAGCUCCCAAUGUGAAUCUACCUCUAGUAUGUUCCAAGUUACUCUCAGCUGGGUUUUAUUCUGGUAUUGUGGAACUAUGCGUCACCUGCGCGUCCAGAAUAGAUCCACAAGAUAGAGCACUUUAUUAUUACAAGAGUGACCAGCCGUCACAGGACCGAGAUGGUCAUUUACUUUAUUAUAAAAGAAUGGAAAUAUAUCGCGAAGUGUGUACUGCGUUAGAGCGUUUGUACGAACGCAGUGCUGAAGGCAGCUCCGAAUCGUCGCCACCGCGUGUGCGCACGCAAACUACAGACGCUUUGCUAACUUUAUCACCAGCUGAUGCUAAUUAUCAGGGUCGAAAACUAGUCUCGGAAUGUUUGUCGAGAGAAGAUGAACUAUUACAUGUUGCAACCUACGAAUGGCUUAUAUCAAAGAAUUUAGGAUCAGAAUUAGUGUCGGUGAGCGGUGUGGCGCCCGCAUCGCUGCGCACGUACCUGUCGGCGGCGGCGCGGCAGGCGUCCGGCCGCACCGCGCUGCUGCUGCUCGACCUCUUGUGGAAGGUUCUCGAACGCGCCGGAGAUCACCUGGCCGCCGCUGAGGUGCUGGAAGGCCUUGCUACGAGACCAGGCACGGGCGCAACGCUAGCGCAACGCAUGUCGUGGCUGUCAGCGGGCGUGGUGUGCGUGCGCGGCGCGGGCGGGGCGGGCGGCGCGGGCGAGCUGGUGCGCCGGCUGGAGGAGGCGGCGGAGGUGGCGCGCGUGCAGGCGGCCGUGCGCGCGGCGGCCGCGGCCGCGGCGCCCCCGCCGCCGCCGGCGCUCCUGCAGCGCCUGGAUGAUGAACUUAUGGAUAUCACCCAGUUGUAUGAAGAGUAUGCAGACCGAUUCAAUCUAUGGGAAUGCAAGCUCGCUAUUGUGCAAUGUUCAGGACACAAUGACGCUCUGUUAGUGGAGAACAUUUGGAGUAAUAUUCUCGCUGAAGCGGAAUCAGCCGCUCGCUCUUUGCAUUCCCCUGAUGAAAAGCUUGCCUCAGUUCUUAGCAAAUUAACCACAUUAGGAAGAGAAUAUGUAAAUUCAGGACACUGUUUUCCGUUGUAUUUUAUUGUUCGUCAAUUAGAAAUAUUGAAUUGCAAAAUUCAAGCUGAAAAGAGUAUGGUUUUUAAGGCAAUUUUGAAUAUUGGCGUAUCUUUGGAACAAGUUUUAGACAUCUACGUAAAGCUGGUGAGCGUGAACGAGCGCGUGUGGCUGGGCUGCGGCGACGAGUGCCACGUGUGCGGCGUGGCGGUGCUGCUGCUGCAGGCGGCACGCGCCGACGUGCCGCAGCUGGCGCCCGCGCCGCGCCGCAAGGCGCUCGCCCGCUGCAAGGACCUGCACGAGGCGGCGCUGUCCGCGCUGCAGAGUCGACCCAACACACAAAUACUGAUUGACAAACUUACUGUGGCGCAGGCGUAUCUAGACAGAAUGGACUAAUGUAGCAUUAAUUUUAAUGAUUUUUAUUUAUGUAAGUUUUUUUUUUGUUAAAAAAAAACUGCGAUCAUUGGUAAAAUUAAAAUAUAAUUAUAUUAGAAAUCCGUAUAAUCUUCCUUAAAAAUUACACUUUUAUAACUUUUUAAAUAAUAAGUAUACAAUUAUGUUUCAGUUUAUUAUUUAUCGGCAGUGACUGUAAAACUAAAAUUUACUUUAAAAUAACUUAUCAAUUAACGUCACAAUGCAAUGUAUACAUUUGAUGAUAAUAUAUUUCUUAUAUAUCCUGUCAAAGCUGAAAAAUGCAUGUUUGCAUGUAAGAAGUUAAUAGUGAAUGUAAUUCGGAAAGAACACUGAUUUCUAUUUUUGUAAAUAAUUGAAAUUUAAAUAUU